UUACUUCCGUUCUUCCCUCUCCGUCCUGCAUCGAGAAAAUGGCGACAUGUAGAGUUCGUGUUAUUGCAAGGGCUUUCUCAACUUCGUCUGUUCAGCAGCAGUUAGUAAAACCUCCUAUUCAAGUGUUUGGACUUGAAGGACGAUAUGCUACUGCACUCUUUUCUGCUGCCAGCAAGCAGAAACAGCUAGAUGCUGUAGAGAAAGAACUUGUUAAAUUUAAGAGUACGCUAAAAACAGAUGUGAAGCUGCGUGAAUUUAUUGAGAAUCCCACAUUGAAGCGCCAGCUGAAGGUUGAAGGCUUGAAACAAGUGGCUUCUAAAUUCCCGUUGUCUUCUCAGUCUUCAAAUCUUCUGGUACUCCUGGCUGAGAAUGGUCGCCUUAAGAGUUUGGAUGGAAUCAUCAGUUCAUUUCAGACCAUAAUGGCAGCCCAUCGUGGUGAGGUCCCAUGCGAAGUAACUACCGCUAAGCCACUUGAUGAUGCUUUGAAAACUGAACUGGAAGCUGCAUUGAAGUCUUUUCUGAAGCAGGGACAAAAACUGCUACUGACUGUGAAAGUAGAUCCAGCUAUCAUUGGAGGAUUAGUUGUCAGUAUUGGUGACAAAUAUGUUGAUAUGAGCAUUGCUAGUAAGAUUAAAAAAUACACAGAUAUCAUUACAGCAGCUGUUUAAAUGAACUGUAUCAUAGAGGUGAUUCAUAUAAUAUUAUGUACAAAUGCAUAUAUUAAUGGUAGUUUAUUUAGUUCCACAGUGUGUUGCCUAAAGGUCUGGUAUUAAAUAAAAUUUACCUGACAUGUUUUAACAA